UCCUUCGAUAUAAAGUUGUUUUUGACGAGCAUUUUAAAAAGGAAGUACGGUAAAGAGGAACCACACCCCCUUUUCCAUACUGCUUUCUGAUUGGGUUAUUCCCAUCACGUGAUCCAGAAGUGAAAGGAUUCUGGUUUUUCCGGAGGUGAACCUGAAGCCAUCAUCAUGCAGAGCACAGCCAACUACCUGUGGCUCAUCUCAGACCUGCUGGGCCAGGGAGCUACAGCUAACGUCUACCGUGGCAGACACAAGAAAACGGGGGACCUAUAUGCGGUGAAGGUGUUCAACAACCUCAGUUUCCUGCGACCACUCGACGUCCAAAUGAGAGAGUUUGAGGUCCUGAAGAAACUCAACCAUAAGAACAUCGUCAAGCUGUUCGCUGUGGAGGAGGAGUCCAACACCCGUCACAAGGUGUUGGUGAUGGAGUAUUGUCCCUGUGGGAGUCUGUAUACGGUGCUGGAGGAGUCUUCUAACGCCUACGGACUCCCCGAGGAUGAGUUCCUUAUCGUGCUACAGGACGUGGUCGCCGGUAUGAACCAUCUCAGAGAGUACGGCAUCGUGCACCGUGACAUCAAACCAGGCAACAUCAUGCGUGUCAUCGGCGAGGACGGGAGGUCCGUCUACAAGCUGACUGAUUUCGGAGCAGCCAGAGAACUAGAUGACGAUGAGCAGUUUGUCUCUCUUUACGGCACUGAGGAAUAUCUGCACCCUGACAUGUAUGAGCGUGCAGUGCUGAGGAAAGAGCACCAGAAGAAGUAUGGUGCGACGGUUGACCUGUGGAGCAUCGGAGUCACCUUCUUCCACGCUGCCACCGGAUCACUCCCCUUCAGACCCUUCGAAGGACCACGCAGGAACAAGGAAGUCAUGUAUAAAAUCAUCACAGAGAAGCCGUCAGGAACCGUCUCUGGGCAGCAGAAGUUUGAGAACGGAAAGAUUGAGUGGAGCACAGAGAUGCCUGUCUCCUGCAACCUGUCCAAGGGCCUCCAGAGCUUGCUGACCCCAGUCCUAGCCAACAUCUUGGAGGCUGACCAGGAGAAGUGUUGGGGCUUUGACCAGUUCUUUGCUGAGACCAGUGAUAUCCUGCAUCGUACCGUGGUGUUGGUCUUCAGUCUACAGCAGGCUACUCUCCACUACAUCUACAUCCACCAGUACAAUACGGCGACUCUCUUCCAGGAGCUGUUGUCUCGUCGGUGCAGUAUCCCGGUCCACAACCAGGAGCUCCUGUACGAAGGGCGACGCCUACAGCUUGAGCCCAACCGCCAAGCCCAGACCUUCCCGCGGACCUCCAGAGACAACCCCAUCAUGCUGCUCAGCAGAGAGUCCGUAGCGACAGUGGGGCUCAUCUUCGAGGACCCGAGUCCUCCUAAAGUCCAGCCUCGCUACGAUCUGGACCUGGAUGCCAGCUAUGCCAAGACGUUUGCAGGAGACGUGGGCCACCUGUGGAAGACCUCAGACUCCCUGUUGGUUUGUCAGGAGCUGGUCAGGAAGGGAGUCAGGGGACUGAUUGAGUUAAUGAAGGAGGACUACAGCGAGAUGGUACAUAAGAAGUCAGAGGUCAUCCACGUCUGUCACUACUGCGCUCAGAUCCUGGAGAGGACAGAGCAGCUGUACGAGGUGUUAAUGCAGGCCAAUAUGUUGUCGUCGUCAGAAUACGAUGAGAUCUCAGACAUGAGGAAAAAAAUUGUCCUUAUCUCUAACUCCUUAGUCCCCAUGGAGCAGACGGUUCAGGACAUCAAGAGUAAGUUCCUGUCAGGUGGUGUUCUGACGGACAGCUGGACUCAAGCUGGAACACACCCUGAAGACAGGAAUGUUGAGAGAAUCAAGGUUCUCCUGGACUCCAUUACAGCCAUCUACCACCAGUUUAAGAAGGACAAGGCUGAGAGACGUCUGCCGUACAACGAGGAACAAAUACACAAGUUUGACAAACAGAAGCUGGUGUUCCAUGCCACCAAAGCCAGGUCUCUGUUUACAGAGGAGUGUGCCAUGAAGUACCGCCUCUUCAUCUCUAAGAGCGAGGAGUGGAUGAGGAAGGUGCAUCACGUGAGGAAGCAGCUGAUUGGUCUAACCAGCCAAUUCAACAGCGUGGAGAAAGAAGUUUCCAUGGUGAUGGAGAGAGUUAUUAAGCUACAGGAGCAGUUACCUGGUAAGGUGCUACCUCUGGCAUCCAGUGGUAUGGUGAAGCCUCAAGCCUACCUCAGCCAGAGCACCUUGGUAGAGAUGACCCUGGGGAUGAAGAAGCUGAAGGAAGAGAUGGAGGGCGUAGUAAAGGAGUUGGCCGAGAACAACCACUUCCUGGAGAGGUUUGGCUCUUUGACAUUGGAUGGAGGAAUGAGAAGUGUGGACCGUAUCUGAGACCAUGUGGCCCCUCGCUUCCCACACCCACCCUACACCUUCACCCAACCUCCAUACCCACCCUACACCUUCACCCAACCUCCACACCCACCCUACACCUUCACCCAACCUCCAUACCCACCCUACACCUUCACCCAACCUCCAUACCCACCCUACACCUUCACCCAACCUCCAUACCCACCCCACACCUUCACCCAACCUCCAUACCCACCCUACACCUUCACCCAACCUCCAUACCCACCCUACACCUUCACCCAACCUCCACACCCACCCUACACCUUCACCCAAUCUCCACACCCACCCUACACCUUCACCCAACCUCCACACCCACCCUACACCUUCACCCAACCUCCAUACCCACCCUACACCUUCACCCAACCUCCAUAACCACCCUACACCUUCACCCAACCUCCAUACCCUCCCUACACCUUCACCCAACCUCCAUACCCACCCUACACCUUCACCCAACCUCCAUAUCCACCCUACACCUUCACCCAACCUCCACACCCACCCUACACCUUCACCCAACCUCCAUACCCACCCUACACCUUCACCCAACCUCCAUACCCACCCUAAACCUUCACCCAACCUCCAUACCCACCCUACACCUUCACCCAACCUCCACAUCCACCCUACACCUUCACCCAACCUCCACACCCACCCUACACCUUCACCCAACCUCCACACCCACCCUACACCUUCACCCAACCUCCAUACCCACCCUACACCUUCACCCAACCUCCAUACCCACCCUACACCUUCACCCAACCUCCAUACCCACCCUACACCUUCACUCAACCUCCAUACCCACCCUACACCUUCACUCAACCUCCAUACCCUCCCCCCCGACUCUCACCCACCCUAAACCCUCACUCGUCGACUCUCAACCCACCCUAAAUACUCCCCCCGACUCUCAACCCACCCUAAACCCUCCCCCGACUCUCAACCCACCCUAAACCCUCACCCCUCGACUCACCCACCCUAAACCCUCCCCCCGACUCUCAACCCACCCUAAACCCUCACCCCUCGACUCACCCACCCUAAAUCCCCACCUCAAUCCACUUUCUAGACCAGGGGUCUCCAACCUUUUCUAGCAUAAGAGCUCCCUUCAAAUAGACCCGUUGUUCUCCUCUCCCUGCAACUCUUCCCCGGGUCCUUAGUGUACAAGAGACACUGUGUUUUCUGUCGAUAUACCUGGUAAAACAAUGGUUAAUAAACACUAAAGGAGGCCCUAUAAAAUCUGAGAUGUUUUUUUUUCUCCCAAAUUCUUCUGUUUUCUGUUUUCUCAGUAGAUGUAUUUAGUUUUUACUCUCAAAACGGCAUGUUCUGAGUCCAUGUUAAUGUUUUAAAUCACAUCAGAAGAAACUAUUUUUAGCUUUGGAAGAAAACGAACACGUUUAGAUUUUGGAGCGCAAUUCCCUUUGAAUUGUUGCAGGAAUGUGCCGUUUUAAUAUGCCGGUCUGUGGUGGUUCAGUACUGCUGCUGCUGAUUUCAUGGCGUCGUUUACCAAAAAUCAAACGGUAGAUACAAAUGAUGUACUUCUUCUAGGUAAGCCUACUUUACAGUUACCAUUUAAUAUGGUUUGGGGGAAAGUAUUUCUGUCAAUCUACAAGACAGUUAUCACAUCAACUGGCGUUACACUGAAUGACAGACAAACACCGGGCGGACGGACGCCAUAUUGCUGAAAAUUAAUUGGCAGAUAAUGUGUUAGGUUUGGCUUUUUAAUCCAAUAGUGGCUAACCAGGGGUGGGAUAAUGUCGAUGUUGCCUUGAUUAGAUAGUAGCUGGGAGCUUGCGGUGUCUCUGAUACUUGUGAAAUUGAAUGUACUUUCACAAUGUUUUGGCGAGCUACUAAUAGGUGGGCUGGUAGCUACUGGUAGCUGGUGAUCGACUUGUUGGAGAGCCCUGAUCUAGACCCUGACCCCUACCUGACCCCCACCUCAAUCCACUAUCUAGACCCUGACCCCUACCUGACCUCCACCUCAAUCCACUAUCUAGACCCUGACCCCUACCUGACCCCACCUCAAUCCACUAUCUAGACCCUGACCCCCACCUCAAUCCACUAUCUAAACCAUGACCCCCACCUCAAUCCACUAUCUAGACCCUGACCCCCGCUUCAAUCCACCUCCAUCCACUAUCUAGACCAUGACCCCUACCUGACCCCCACCCCCACUUCAAUCCACUAUCUUGACCCUGAACCCAUACCUGACCCCCACCUCAAUCCACUAUCUAGACCCUGACCCCUAACUGACCCCACCAGUCUACAGUCUAGACCCCUGACCCCUAACUGACCCCACCAGUCUACAGUCUAGACCCUGACCCCUAACUGACCCCACCAGUCUACAGACUAGACCCCUGACCCCUACCUGACCCCACCAGUCUACAGACUAGAACCCUGACCCCUACCUGACCCCACCAGUCUACAGUCUAGACCCCUGACCCCACCAGUCUAGACGCUGCAGAGAAAGGAGAAUAUUCCCUGAUCUGGCCAGUGGUAUAUAAUUCCUGUGUAUAUACAUGUGUGCUUCAUGCUGUAAAUAGUCUGAGUCUGCAAUGUGUGUUAUUAUGAAUGAGUUGUCUGUCUGCUGGCCUCUUCUCCAAGCUGGCCACUUCUGUUAGAGACUAAAGAGAGGACACGUCCUUCAGGAAUCAACCUGGUUUCACCAGUUAGUGGUUCUUACUGCUACACUGUCCCAAAAUGCCUCCCUAUUUCCUUUCCAGUGCUCUACCCAUAGUGCACUACUUCUGACCAGAGCCCAGAGGGGGAUAGGGGGUCAUUUGGGAUGUGCCCUCUGUGUUGCUGUAGUGCACUGAGGGGAAUAGGGGGUCAUUUGGGAUGGGGACUCUGUGUUGCUGUAGUGCACUAUGAGGGGAAUAGGGGGUCAUUUGGGAUGGGCCCUCUGUGUUGCUAUAGUGCACUAUGAGGGGAAUAGGGGGUCAUUUGGGAUGGGCCCUCUGUGUCGCUAUAGUGCACUAUGAGGGGAAUAGGGGGUCAUUUGGGAUGGGCCCUCUGUGUCGCUAUAGUGCACUAUGAGGGGAAUAGGGGGUCAUUUGGGAUGGGCCCUCUGUGUCGCUAUAGUGCACUAUGAGGGGAAUAGGGGGUCAUUUGGGAUGGGCACUCUGUGUCGCUAUAGUGCACUAUGAGGGGAAUAGGGGGUCAUUUGGGAUGGGACUCUGUGUUGCCUUUAGUUUCAUUUAGUCUGCAGACCGUUUUUUACUUCCUGUUUUGUUAACAGGGUAUUAUUUUACUUCCUGUUUUGUUAACAGGGUUUUAUUCAUCAUCUCUGUUGCCCAUCUGGUAUAAUUAAAAUGGCUCACAGGCUCAGAUUAUAGUUGUUGCUCUUUUAAAAUAAAAUCCUAGUGUCCUUAAAUAUGAUUUCUUAUUUGAAAUAACCCAAAA